AUGUCAUCAGAAAUCAUGGACGCCUACUGGGCGGCGCCGCCAAUGGCCCGCACGCUAGCGACCGCGAUUGUCGUUAUGUCGAUCCCGGUGCAUUUCCAGAUGGUGUCGUACGUUUGGUUCUACUUCACCGAGGACACGCUCUUGCGCUUUCCGCCUGAGAUAUGGCGUCUGGCUACGUGCUUCCUCCUAAGCGGUCCGAAGCUCGGCAUCAUCAUGGACCCCUACUUCGCCUACCAGUACCUGAAGCAGCUCGAGACGGCGAACUCCAAAUUCCCCAGGAAGGAGGACGUUCUCUGGUAUCUGAUGACCGUCGGCAGCUUCAUCAUUCUGCUCAACCGAGUCUUCCUGGGAGGCGGCUUCUUCCUCGAUGGACUGCUCAUGGCCUUGGCCUACACGGCUAGCCAGGACCAGCGCGGCGCGAAGACGAAUUUUUUCUUCUUCACCGUGCCAGCACAAACGGUCCCGUAUUGCAUGCUCCUCGCGUCGCUCCUCAUGAACCCGAUGGCCAUUCCCCUGCAGAUCACAGGCAUCGUAGCGGCCCAUCUCCACGACUUUCUCUUCCGCCUGUGGCCGGAGUUUGGAGGUGGUCGGAAUAUUUUGGCGACUCCUGGCUUCGUCUCGUACUUGGUUAAGACCCCUAGAAUCCUGGAGCGCGGGUAUGGCACGGCCAUCCGCCAGCCCACUGCGGCGGGCUCUGGUAGCAGCACGGGGGCGUCGACGGGCUCGGUGCUUCCCGACUCGUGGAAGACGAGGGGCAGUGGACAGCGCCUAGGCGGUAACUGA